AUGGUAUCUCGAGGCCCAAGGCCAACCUUGACUCAGGGUCUAGAUAGAGAGAUCUAUCAAGUAGUGCGCAAGCUGGCUGAUGAGCAAGCCCAGCUCGAAAAUGGUGGGAAACGCCUGACCGUCUCGAAUGUCUACGACAGCAUAAAGCAUUCGAAUUCCAGCUUGAAGCGCAGAAGCAAGAAACUGCUUGAGGACUCGAUCGACCGAGUUCUGCUCGUGCUGAGAGAGGAGCAAGAUGACAGCGAAUCUCUGGAUGGCGAUUUUAAUGGCUUGGAGGAUCCCGUUCCACAAUCGAAGGAACAAAAUAUCAUGAAUAAGAGCAUCACUCGCAUGUGGGCAAAAUCGACAUCUGCUUCUGCGAACAUGACCCCGAGAGAAGGAACCCCUCCACCCAAUGGGACCAUUACACCGAUGCUGCCUAUCCAGUCUCUGCAGAAUGAAGGCACAGAACCUCCGGCAAAGACAGAAAGACAGGCAAAUGGGGAGCCCAAAUUGAAGCGUCGAAAGGCGGACUCGAGGAAAGAGGUGGAUCGAACACCUCCUACAGAUAUCUCAUUGGAAAAUCUUGGAGGAGUGGACAACGUCAUCGAGGAAUUGAAUGAGCUGGUGGCCAUGCCUAUGUUGUAUCCGGAUACAUAUAUUCGCACUGGAAUACAGCCUCCUCGUGGAGUGCUGCUACACGGACCUCCAGGCUGUGGGAAAACGAUGAUAGCGAACGCCUUUGCAGCAGAAAUAGGGGUAUCAUUUAUACCCCUAUCGGCCCCCUCGUUGGUAGCUGGAAUGUCAGGAGAGUCGGAAAAAAAAAUUAGGGAUAUUUUUGAAGAGGCGAAACGAAUGGCACCAUGUCUCGUCUUCAUCGAUGAAAUCGACGUCAUAAUGGGCAAGCGGGAGAGUGCUCAGAGGGAAAUGGAGAAACGAAUAGUGGCACAGAUGCUCACGUGCAUGGACGAAAUGGCAUUGGAGAAGACGGGUGGGAAGCCAGUGAUCAUUAUUGCAGCUACGAAUCGACCAGAUAGCUUAGAUCCGGCUCUUCGAAGAGCAGGCCGAUUCAACAAGGAAAUCAACUUGGGUGUUCCUAACGAGCUUGCUCGUGAGAAGAUUCUACGAGCUCUGACCCAGAAAUUGACGCUACCUGGAGAUUUUGCAUUUCGAAGUUUGGCAAAACUCACACCAGGUUUUGUAGGGGCUGAUCUGAACGAUGUUGUGUCUGUGGCGGGCACGGAAGCAAUGAAGCGAAUGAUGGCGGUUCUGAAGCAACGUACUGCCACGGCCAUGGAUCUCGAUACCUUAUCCUCAGACGUCACACUUCCACCUUCGCUUCUCAUACUACGUUCUCUGGUUUCCCAUGCCGGCGAGUUCUCUCCCGACGGUGACUUCUCCAUCACAUACCAAGAUUUCCUGACCGCAAUCCCCAAAGUCCAGCCAUCAGCCAAGCGCGAAGGAUUCGCAACGAUCCCAGACACAACGUGGUCACACAUCGGCGCCCUCCACGAAGUCCGCGAGCAGCUCGAAAUGGCAAUCGUCGAGCCCAUCAAGCGACCUGAAUCCUUCGCUCGCGUUGGUAUCACAGCACCAACAGGAGUCCUUCUUUGGGGUCCACCAGGCUGUGGGAAAACCCUUCUAGCAAAAGCCGUGGCAAACGAGUCCAAAGCAAAUUUCAUAUCGAUCAAAGGUCCGGAACUGCUCAACAAGUAUGUUGGCGAAUCCGAACGGGCAGUGCGUCAAGUGUUUGAGCGAGCUCGUUCUUCUGUGCCUUGUAUCCUGUUCUUUGAUGAACUAGAUGCACUGGUACCGAAACGAGAGGACUCACUCUCUGAAGCUAGUAGCAAGGUUGUCAAUACUUUGCUCACGGAGCUGGAUGGAUUGAGCAACAGAGCGGGGAUUUACGUUAUUGCUGCAACGAAUAGACCGGAUAUGAUCGAUCCUGCCAUGCUACGUCCUGGUCGAUUAGGGACGUCGGUAUUGGUAGACUUACCUACGCCGGACGAGAGAGUUGAGAUUCUCAAAGCGUUGUACAAGAAGGCUCUACCUGCCGCUGCACAGAGUGAAGUGGAUGGAUUGGAGAGUGUGGCGAGGGAUGUGAGGUGCACGGGAUAUAGUGGAGCGGAUUUGGGCAAUCUGCAUCAGGCUGCUGCAGUUGCGGCGCUGAAGAGGGAGAUGGCUAAUGGUCCCGGGAGUGAGGAGUUGAGGAUCCAGGGGGGUGAUUGGGAGGUGGCGCUGGGGAAGGUGAGGGCUAGUGUUAAGGAUGUCGGGAAGUAUAGGAGGUUGAAAGAAAGGGGGAUGUGA